AUCCCGAUCGACGUCGAGCACAAGUAGCUUCGCCUCGGGAGAGUGGAGCUCAGGACGCCGACACGGGCGCGUUUCCCUCGUCACGAGCACCGCUCGUCGUUCAUUCUCAGGCUCGACUCGCGACGGUCGGCUGCACUCCUCGACUCGGUUACAAUCAGCCGCACACGCACCCGCACUCCAUUCCGACGCGUCGAGCGCGCACGCACGGAUCGACCCACGACGUCGAAGCAGGACGAGUAGAUAGAAUCAGAUAGGACCAGGAGAAGAGAUCAGCUGUUCCCUCUCGUCGCUCGUCGUCUAUCCGCGCCGAAAGAAAAGCAGAAUGAGGGAGAUCGUGCACCUGCAGGCUGGACAAUGCGGUAACCAGAUCGGCGCAAAGUUCUGGGAAGUUAUUUCUGAGGAGCAUGGCAUCGACCAGUCGGGCAUUUAUCAUGGUGACAGCGAUCUACAGCUCGAACGAAUCUCCGUAUAUUAUAAUGAGGCGUCUGUCGCGACAUCCACGAAUGGAGGAAAAUAUGUUCCGCGCGCGAUUCUUCUGGAUUUGGAGCCGGGAACGAUGGACGCUGUUCGUUCCGGCGCUUACGGAAAGCUCUUUAGACCAGACAAUUUCGUGUUCGGACAAUCCGGUGCGGGUAACAAUUGGGCGAAGGGUCACUACACCGAGGGUGCCGAAUUGGUCGACUCUGUCCUAGACGUGGUGCGAAAGGAGUGCGAAAAUUGUGACUGUCUUCAAGGUUUCCAACUCACCCAUUCAUUGGGAGGUGGUACUGGAUCCGGAAUGGGUACUCUACUAAUCUCGAAGAUCCGCGAAGAGUAUCCCGAUCGCAUUAUGAAUACUUACUCGGUGAUGCCGUCGCCCAAAGUAUCCGAUACUGUUGUGGAACCCUACAACGCGACCCUGUCUGUGCAUCAAUUGGUGGAGAACACCGAUGAAACUUAUUGUAUCGAUAACGAAGCCCUGUACGACAUCUGUUUCCGCACUCUGAAGGUUUCCAAUCCGAGUUACGGCGAUCUCAAUCAUCUGGUCUCGCUCACUAUGUCCGGAGUAACUACUUGUCUUAGGUUUCCCGGUCAGCUGAACGCCGAUCUCCGAAAACUCGCAGUGAACAUGGUACCUUUCCCACGUCUGCACUUCUUCAUGCCGGGUUUUGCGCCACUGACAUCCAGGUCCAUGCAACAAUACUCCGCGCUCUCGGUGCCAGAACUCACCCAACAGAUGUUCGACGCGAAAAACAUGAUGGCGGCCUGCGACCCGCGCCACGGCCGAUAUCUUACCGUGGCGGCCGUCUUCCGCGGCAGGAUGUCGAUGAAGGAGGUGGACGAGCAGAUGCUCAGUGUGCAGAACAAGAACAGCUCGUAUUUCGUCGAGUGGAUUCCGAACAACGUGAAGACCGCCGUGUGCGAUAUCCCACCGAAGGGUCUAAAAAUGUCGUCGACCUUCAUCGGCAACACCACCGCUAUACAGGAACUGUUCAAGAGAAUCUCUGAACAAUUCACGGCGAUGUUCAGGAGAAAGGCUUUCCUCCAUUGGUACACCGGCGAGGGAAUGGACGAGAUGGAGUUCACCGAGGCUGAAUCUAAUAUGAAUGAUUUAGUAUCCGAAUAUCAACAAUAUCAGGAGGCCACGGCAGAGGAGGAUUUCGAGGCAGAGGAAUGCGCUGAUGAUUUUGAAACCUGCGAACAGGAAAAUUAAAAACAACGUGACUCUGUUCAUUUUUAGCUUCUCUGUCUGUGUCCCAUCAUAGGAGCUCGCAUGAUUGAUAUGCUCGCGAGAAGCUGUCUUUUGAUACUUUUAUAUACAAUGCGUUUUGUAAUUGCUGAAACGAAUGUAAUAUAGGCGGAUGAGAUUACUUUUUUAUUAAUCGUGUGACAUCGAAAUAUUUAUAAUAAUUAUGAAUCAUGAAGAUGAAUAUUCGAAAGCAAAUGAACUAAUUGUGGCGAAUGUUAAAUUAAUGCAAAAAAUGUAUUAUAGUUUCUUUGAUUUUGCGUUACGUUGAUACGCCUAUGUUAUAUUCAGCUUUACUAGUAAUAAUCAUAAAAAUAUUGAAAUGUCGCUUGAAAAAAUGUGACACGGAUUGGAUUGCAAUAAAAGUCGUUAAAUAAUCAA